UUAAAGCAAGAACCACUUCCCUACCUCUACUCAUACAAAACCUCUACGGGGACACUGCUUUAUGAAAAUGGAGGGCCAAAUAGAAAGAGGAAAUGCAAGCAAGCAAGAUCUGAUUAAUGAAAAUAAACGGGGCCUUGGUGUCUGUGGAUGGAUCCUUGUUGCUCUGUCUACUUUCUUCACAGUGCUUUUUUUCCCAAUCACAAUCUUUAUUAGUCUCAAGAUUGUUAAAGAAUAUGAACGAGCUGUAAUAUUCAGACUUGGCCGCAUUACAGCUAGAAGGCCAAAAGGACCAGGUAUCUUCUUCAUCCUUCCCUGCACUGACAGCUUUAUAAAGGUUGACAUGAGAACAGUAUCAUUUGACAUUCCUCCUCAAGAGAUUUUGACAAAGGACUCUGUGACAGUAAGUGUGGACGGAGUGGUGUAUUUCCGAGUGAGCGAUCCCAUCGCCUCAGUGGCAAAUGUCACCAAUGCUGAUCAGUCCACACGUCUGCUUGCCCAGACAACACUAAGGAACGUCCUGGGCACCAAAAACCUAGCUGAGGUUCUGUCAGACCGUGAGGGUAUCUCUCACAGCAUGCAGUCUUCUUUGGACGAGGCAACGGACUCUUGGGGCAUUAAGGUGGAGCGUGUGGAGAUGAAGGACGUGAAACUUCCUCAACAGCUUCAGAGGGCUAUGGCAGCCGAGGCUGAGGCAGCCCGUGAGGCUAGAGCUAAGGUGAUCGCAGCAGAGGGAGAGAUGAACGCUUCCCGUGCUCUGAAAGAAGCUUCUCUGGUGAUCGCUGAAUCACCCUCUGCCCUACAGCUACGCUAUUUGCAGACCCUCGGCACCAUCGCUACUGAGAAGAACUCCACUAUCAUCUUCCCCCUGCCCAUAGAUAUCAUGGGUCAUUUCAUGAAAAAGUGAAGUCCAGAUAAUCGCAAAUAGAAAUGUUUACAUUUUACCUAUUGAUUGAGAUCACAAUUUAGUACUUGCUUUAAUUGCAAAAAAAAAAUGACAUCUUAAUGACUGCAAUGCUGUAUAUUAUUGCUGGAAUUGUGUAUUAUUCUGUGUAAAAAGGCAUACAAAAAACAAUAAGCAGUUGAAUUAUAUCUAC